CCUUUCGAUACCACUAGAUUUUGUUGAUUUAUUUUUAUGUGCAGGGGGAGAGAGAGAGAACGAAACAUCAUCUGACGAGUGGCGAGAAAAGCAAACGAAUGUUGUUCUCUCCGUACCCUAUUACUCCUUUCGUCUCUCUUCUUCUUCCUCUGCACUUUUUAUCUCUCAGCGUACUUACUCUCUUAAACUGAUAAUCCGAUUCCGAUCCAAACAAAUAAUAAGAGAGGGAAUGGCAAUUCCUCAACUCGUACCUUCCCCAUCUUCAACUCUCACUUAUAGACUUUCUUUAAGCCCUAAUUCUUCCUUAAACCCUACAUACAGACGCCUUGCCAAACCAUCGCAAUCACGAACAAAUAAUCUAGCUCCCUCUCAUCGCCGGAAACCUAAUCUUCUCCUCUGCUCCACCUCCUCUUUCUCCGAAAAACACUACACCGGCUCACCCAAAUCCGACGACCUAGUUGAACUCCCCCUCUUCCCUCUCCCUCUCGUUCUCUUCCCCGGUGCCAUCCUUCCCUUGCAAAUAUUCGAAUUCAGAUACCGCAUGAUGAUGCACACUCUCCUCCAGACCGAUCUCCGCUUCGGCGUCAUCUACUCCGACUCAGCCACCGGAACGGCCGAAGUCGGCUGCGUGGGCGAGGUCAUCAAGCACGAACGCCUCGUUGACGACCGAUUCUUCCUCAUCUGCAAAGGCCAGGAGCGAUUCCGCGUCGUCAAUCUUGUCCGGACCAAGCCCUAUUUGGUUGCCCUGGUUACGUGGUUGGAGGAUCGGCCUUCCGGCGACGGCGAUGGCAACUUGGAGGGGUUGGCAAAUGAAGUGGAGACUUGCAUGAAGGACGUGAUCCGCUUGUCUAACCGAUUGAAUGGAAAGCCCGAGAAGGAAACCCAGGAUUUGAGGAGGAAUCUGUUUCCCACUCCUUUUUCAUUCUUCGUCGGAAGUACAUUCGAAGGGGCGCCCAGGGAACAGCAAGCCUUGUUGGAAUUGGAGGAUACGGCGACCAGAUUGAAGAGGGAGAGGGAAACCUUGAGGAAUACGCUUAAUUAUUUAACUGCUGCAUCGGCAGUUAAAGAUGUCUUCCCGUCUUCUUGAAUUAAGGCAGAAGGGACUGAGAGAAAGAAGUUUGGGAUUUCAAAAGCAGAUCGAGAGAUGAAGCGUCAGUAGCGGCGGCCAAAAAAACAGAGAAAAAGAAAGAGAAUUAACUGUUACUGGUGCAUAGAUUUCUGGCAUAGUGAAUCUAUAAGAAUGUAAAUUUUGAUCUGUAGCUUGAUUUGCUUUCAUUGGCUCAUCGCCGUUUAUCAUGUAUAAUAGCCAAUUUUCAUCUGGAUACUUGUCUGCUAUUUUCAAGUCUGGUAAAUAAACGGAGUACCUUCGAGCGAUUAUAAUGUUGUUUUUUA